AUGAGUUUGAUUAUUGUACCAUGCCAUUCAAUUUGGAAACAAGACUUUGUAAAUCUCGAACAGGGACCUAAUGUUGGUCUGCAUUCGGAACAAUGGUUUUUAGCGCCGUUUCAACAUGAAGGAAACGACCAUCUUGCCUUCAUCAAACAUGGAUUAUACGCGAUUCGAUUAUUCUUAGAACAAUAUGAUAUUUCUACAGUUAUUUUCAGCGGUUCACAAACGAAAUUUAUUGCUGGUCCAAUAUCGGAAGCUCAAAGUUACUAUUUUUUAAUGGAAAAGUUGAUCAGACUUCACUUGAAGAGACAACUGCCUAGUCUGCCUGAUCAUGCUAUAGAAAGCUGCCUGAAAGAUAUAGAACUCUUGAUGGAGGAAAAAGGACUGUCCUUAUCAGAACUUUUUUCAUCUCGAAAUAUCACUACUGAAGAAUUUGCCUUGGAUUCCUUUGACAAUUUGCUUUAUUCAAUUUUAAGAUAUGAACAAAUCAAGGGAAAAUAUCCAGAAAAGAUUAAAAUAGUAGGAUUUGGUUUUAAGAAAGAAAGAUUUAUAGGUUAUCAUGCCAAAGCUAUUGAUUUUCCUAAAAAUGCCAUCGAAUACCUUUCUGUAGAUCCAGAACCAGUUGACUACGAUGAUAAAAAAUUAAAAGACUAUUUCAACGAGCUAAACAAGUUAGAGAAGAAAAAUGCCCUGUAUCUGUUUUCUGAGGAUUGGUAUGGUGUCAAAUUUAGGCUAUUUCCCAAAAAACAAAGUAGAAAUCCCUUCAUUAGAAUUCCACAUUAUAAGUUUUUGCAAAAGGAAUGCUUUAACCCCGCCAAAUUGGGAUACAGAGAAGAUGAACAGUACUUUAAAGACCAUAUUGAAGGCGCUAUGCCAUGGUCUGUUAAUAAAUGA